GAAAAGGGAUUUUUCCCGUCAAAGUAAAUUGAAGAGUCAGUCUCAAGGGAGAAGAAGGCUUUUAGCUUUCUCCAUCACCCACAAUUUCUUGAACCCUUUCCCUUCAAUAUAUACCUACGUAUACGCAAACGAAUCGCUUCCAGUUAUACGUAUAAUAUACGCUCGAAACGAUUGUUUGUUGAGAUGCGGAAUCGGUCUGUGAGCCAGAAUCGGGGGGAUAGCAGAAACCCUUCCCAGUCUCAGAAGUUCAUUCCAAAGGGGGAUUUGCGUGACCCUAAUUCGCAACAAACCCUAUCUAAUUCCCUUCGCGGAGGCGGAGAUGCGGCGUUUGCGUCGACAAGUAGGGUUAGGAUGGGAGGCGAUGGGGAAUGGGUGAGCAAAGCAUUUCCUACCGGAAAUUUUGUAGUGUACUUGCCGCAGGAUGAGGCGGUGGCGGCGGGGCGCGGCGCCGACGAAGGAGCUCUGGAUCCUGUCGAAUCGCAGCGCGUUGUUGAUUUGUUGAAUAGGGAAUUGUCUCGGUUGCUCAAGCUCCGACCUAAAGCUUUCUGGAAGGAAGUGGCUACUGAUGAAUCAUUGAGUGAGUUCCUUAAAAGUUUCCUGAAAUUCAGAAGUAGAUGGUAUGAUUUCCCACACCGUGGAACGCAGGGAGUAGUUGCUGGAGUGAUUGUUGGCGAGUUUGAUCUUUGCCGGAGGGUCUUCAUGGUUCUAUAUCGAAUAUCAUCCAACAGAGACCCGGGAGCUAAGGCCUCUGACACAUUGAGUCAAAAAGAUCAUGAAGCCCUUUUGCAGGACAAUAAGUUGCUUGAUUUGCCAACACUGUUGGAUAUAUGUGCUAUAUACGGCCAUGAAAACGAAGAUUUGACUCAUCUAUUGGUGACCACUGCAAUGAAGGCACAACCCUAUAUCAACGAUGAUUUUCCUGUCCUGAUAUAUCACUUCCUAAGCAUUGUUCAGACAAUGUAUCAGAGAUGCAGCUCAAGUUUAGAGGUUUUGCUUAGCUCUGGUAGCCAUCAAGACCAGGGAUUCAGUAACGUUCAUCAUGACUAUCUAGGGGUUAUGGACUUCAUAAAUGACUCGGUUGUAUCAUUGGAUUCAUUUGUUAAUGCCUAUAAACAAGCAGCUGCUUAUUUCUCUUCCCCGGCCGAGAUGGGUUAUGGAAAUGAAGACGUGCUGACCACACUUGCAAGACUGCAUGACUCGCUUUUGCCGUCUUUGCAGAGGGGCUUUCGUGUUAUUUUUGGUGUUGAAGAUAGAAACAAAGAAACAUCAAAUGAUGCCCUUUCAAAUAUUGUUAUUAGUCUGAAGAUGUUUUCGACAAGGAUGGCACAACUCGGAUGGAGAUUACUGUACCUGUGCUAUCUAAGCGAUGAGGCAUUCGAAGGUUGUGAUCCUAUUCCAGUUUCGACAAACAUGUUCCCCGCAAAUGUGGAGGAUCCUACGGUGAGGGCGGACAUUCUAAUACAGACAAUAAGAGAUCUUUCCGGGGAUCAGCCGCACGUUCCCGGGGGUACAUUUAUCCAGAACAUCGAGAAAAACCACAAAAUACUUAGUAGGAUUGAGUUAUUGCGAAAAGCAGGUUGGCUAUCAAUGGACGACGAACAAUGGCAGUUUCUGUCGAAGAUUUUGGAUAAUCCACCGGCAGAUGAUACCAAAAUGAAAACCGCCGCUCGCCCUGCGGCCGGCGGCAGCAGUAUGCAAACAGACGAAGAUGCGGCUAUCAUCGAGUCGAAAAUCAGUCAAAUAAAGGAGCUGUUCCCGGAUUACGGCCGAGGUUUCUUAUUGGCCUGCCUGGAAGCGUAUAACCACGACCCGGAGGACGUGAUUCAGAGAAUCCUCGAGGGAACUCUUCAUACGGAAUUGACGUCUCUCGACACUUCUUCGGAAAGCAUCCCCUCAUCGAAGCCUCCGUCGGUAGCUGCAAACGACAAAGGCAAGGGGAAACUUGUGGAGGCGACAGUUUCUUCAAGCUCAUCGUCGUCGUGGGUCGGGAGGUUUGUGCGGAAAAACAACAACGAAUUGUCUGAUCACGCGACGCUGAAUGCGAAGAGGGAAAAGGAAUUGGCGAAAACUGCGGCGCUCAUAUCCCAAUUCGAGUACGAGGACGAAUACGACGACUCGUUCGACGAUUUGGGGUUGAGCGUGGGAGACUCGGGGGUAGACGAACCCGAACGGCAGGACGAUAGACGAGGCGCAGAAGCCAACGACAACGGCGGCUCGACUUCCGGCGCCGCCGACGGUUCGAAAUGGAAUUCGCGGAAGAAGCCGCAGUUCUACGUUAAGGACGGGAAGAACUACAGCUAUAAAGUCGACGGGUCCGUUGCAGUGGCGAAUGUCAAUGAGGCAAGAUUGGUUAACCAGGCGCAGAAGGAACUGAUCCACGGGCUCGGACGGGGCGGGAAUAUUCCAUUAGGCGCCAUUAGAAGAUUGGCGGAGUCGGAAGAGGAGCAGAAGGAAAACGACGGACAGGGGGGCGAUGAGGUUGGGGGGCGAGGGGGGCGAGGAUCAUUCAGGGGCCGGGGGAGACGAGGGGGCGCCCCUUCUCGGCCCCCGCAGGAGAAAGAUGAGCAGGAAAACGGCGGCGGCCGAGGGGGGCAGGGAAAUCACGGCGGCGGAGGGAGGAGGGGGAGAGGAGGAAGACAUAAUAAUAACAACCAUAGGAAAGACAGGGCGAUGGGUAAGCAUUUUUCUGGGAUGCCUGGUCAUUAUGGUGGCACGUGACGUGGAGGUAUAUGUGUUUAUACUUGGAUACAUAUAAAUACAGUUUGUUGUUUUUUUGUUUUGGGAUAUGGAGGAAUUGUAUUUUCGUCAGCAGUUUUGUAUGGUAAGAAGGUUUUCAAUUUUUUUAUUAUUAUUAUCCUUGAGU